AUGGGCGGGUGGCGCGGCUGCUUCGGGCGGCGGGUGGUCUGGGCGGCGUGGCGGCUGCUGGGCUCCCCGGCCUCCCCCCCGGGCCAGGCCCGCUGCGCCACACACGCCGCCGCCUCCUCCUCCUACUCCUCGCGGCUGGAGGUUUCGCGGCCCUUGUCCCCCUGGCGGCGCUGCUACUGCCGCUGCCGCCUCCUCCUCCCCGCCGCCGCCGCCUUCCUGGGCCGGGCGCCGCCUCGUUUCCUCUCGCGCGCCGGCGGGGCGGAGCUCUUUCCUUUCACGCCGGCCUCGGCCCUGAGCAGCCGCCUCGCCCGACCCCUCAGCGGCGGAGAGUCCCAGGAGAUGCCCGCGGCCCCUCGCCCCGACUGCCACAGCGACGACCAGGUCGACCCGGAGAGCCUCAUGGAGCCCGAGACCGCGCUCGAGAGCAGCGGCGGCCGGAGGCGCAAGAAGGAUAAAAGAGAGAAAUCCAGAAAGCAUAAACUGAAGAAUGAAAAAUCUCAGCCAGAGGAAAAUGAACUGUCUGAUGCAGAACUUGAACCUCCCAAACCAAAGAAGAUUAAGAAAAAGAAAGGAGUGGAUAAUGAUGUUGAAGAGAUAAUUGCAGAAUAUGAGACACAAACCUCUGUAACUAAUGGGGUUGGCCAUUCAAAAAAUCGAAGUAAUUCUGGUGAAGAGUCAAGUAUAGAGGGUGACAGUGACCAAGAUCAGGAAUUAACUGCAGAGCAAAAAGAAGGAGCAUUUGCCAAUUUUAAUCUCUCUAAAGCAACUAUUGACCUUCUCAAAGCUCGAGGAGUUACCUACCUUUUCCCUGUCCAAGUAAAGACUUUAAAGCCCAUAAAUGAGGGCAAAGAUGUGAUAGCCCAAGCUCGAACUGGAACUGGAAAAACAUUUUCUUUUGCCAUUCCUUUAAUUGAAAAACUUCAGGGAGAUCCCCAGGAAAGAAAGAGAGGCCGCAUUCCAAAGGUGUUAGUACUUGCUCCAACCAGAGAACUGGCAAUGCAGGUAGCCAGAGACUUCAAAGACAUCACAAAGAAACUCACUGUGGCGUGCUUCUAUGGAGGAACAGCAUACAAUGGACAACAUGAUUUAAUUAGGAAUGGCAUUGAUAUCCUGGUUGGGACUCCAGGCCGAAUCAAAGAUCACCUUCAAAACGGCAAGCUGGACCUUUCUGGUCUAAAGCACGUUGUCCUGGAUGAGGUUGACCAGAUGCUGGACAUGGGCUUUGCUGAACAAGUAGAGGAAAUCUUAGCAUAUGCAUAUAAGAAAGAUUCUGAAGACAAUCCCCAGACAUUACUUUUCUCUGCCACUUGCCCACAUUGGGUUUAUGACGUAGCAAAGAAGUAUAUGAAAUCCAGAUAUGAGCAAAUUGAUCUUAUUGGAAAGAGGACUCAAAAGACUGCUAUGACCGUGGAACAUUUGGCUAUUGAGUGUCACUGGUCCCAAAGAGCAGCGGUCAUUGGAGAUGUUAUUCAAGUCUACAGUGGUAGUCAUGGACGGACUAUCAUCUUUUGUGAGACAAAAAAGGAGGCAACUGAACUGGCUCUGAAUGCCUCAAUAAAACAGGAUGCACAGUCUUUGCAUGGUGACAUUCCACAGAAACAAAGAGAAGUCACACUGAAAGGCUUUCGAAAUGGAUCUUUCGGAGUUCUGGUGGCAACUAAUGUAGCUGCCCGUGGUUUAGAUAUCCCAGAGGUUGAUCUGGUAAUCCAGAGUUCACCACCAAAAGAUGUAGACUCCUAUAUCCAUCGUUCUGGGCGCACAGGUCGAGCUGGGCGAACUGGGAUGUGUAUCUGUUUGUAUCAACGCAAGGAAGAUCAUCAACUAAGACAAGUAGAACAGAAAGCGGGGAUUACAUUUAAACGUGUAGGUGUACCUACAGCAACAGAAAUAAUAAAAGCCUCCAGUAAAGAUGCAAUCAGGUCUUUGGAUUCUGUUCCUCCUUCUGCUAUUGACUACUUCAGACAGUCUGCCGAGAGGCUGAUAGAGGAAAAAGGAGCAGUGGAAGCGUUGGCAGCAGCAUUGGCUCAUAUUUCAGGAGCGACCUCCAUUGAACAACGUUCCUUACUCAAUUCUGAUGUGGGUUAUGUGACCAUGACACUUCAGUGCUCAGUGGAGAUGCACAGCAUUGGCUACGCUUGGCGGGGUUUGAAAGAACAGCUGGGUGAAGACAUUGACAGCAAAGUGAACAGAAUGCGUUUUCUCAAGGGGAAGACGGGUGUAUGCUUUGAUAUUCCUGCAGCUGAACUAAGUAAAAUCCAGCAAACGUGGCAAGACUCAAGACGCUGGCAGCUUUCUGUAGCAACGGCCUUGCCAGAGCUUGAAGAAUCACCACGUGAGAGUAGCCGAGGUGGCGGUGGAUCGGAAUUCAGAAAUGGAAGGCGAGGUGGCGGCUUCAACCGACACGACCGAUUCAGAAACAGGGGCCAAAAACGAAGUUUUGAUAGGGCUUUUUGAUUGCUCGUUAAUAUAUCAUAGAUGGGACUUAAAUCUUUUGUUUUAUCAGAAGUAAAGUCAUUUACACUUAA